UAACUGACAAUGUUACAGUCGAUGGUGUUCUGUACACUGUCGAUGCGGGCUUUGCACACAGCUUAGCCAGGGCUUUUGGGACUGCACCUGUGCUAUAUUAAGACGCCUCGGACAGCAAGAAUUUUCUUUUGCUGGUGUAGCUGCUCCAGUUACUUCAGGAAGAUUGGAUAACCGAGAUAUGACUAAUCAAGAUUCUGCUGUACAUGUGAAAAUGAUGCCAGAAUUUCAGAAAAGUUCAGUUCGCAUCAAGAACCCUGCAAGAGUAGAAGAAAUUAUCUGUGGUCUCAUCAAAGGAGGAGCCAUCAAACUUCAGAUAAUUACAGACUUUGAUAUGACGCUGAGUAGAUUUUCCUACAAAGGGAAAAGAUGUCCAACAUGUCAUAAUGUCAUUGACAACUGUAAGCUGGUUUCAGAUGAAUGUCGGAAAAAGUUACUGCAGCUAAAGGAAAAAUAUUAUGCUAUUGAAGUUGACCCCGUUCUCACUGUAGAACAGAAGUACCCUUAUAUGGUAGAAUGGUACACUAUAUCACAUGGUUUGCUUGUUGAACAGGCUUUACCGAAAGCUAAACUUAAAGAAGUCGUAGCAGAAUCUAACGUUAUGCUCAAGGAAGGAUAUGAGAACUUCUUUGGUAAGCUCCAACAACACAAUAUCCCUGUGUUCAUAUUUUCGGCUGGUAUCGGAGAUGUACUGGAGGAGAUUAUGCGUCAAGCUGGGGUUUAUUAUUCAAAUGUCAAAGUAGUGUCCAACUUCAUGGAUUUUGAUGACAAUGGGGUGCUCAAAGGAUUUAAAGGAGAUCUAAUUCACGUGUUUAACAAACAUGACGGUGCCUUGAAGAACACAGACUAUUUCAACCAACUGAAAGACAACAGCAACAUAAUUCUGCUGGGAGACUCCCAAGGCGACUUGCGAAUGGCAGAUGGAGUAGCCAAUGUUGAACACAUUCUGAAAAUUGGGUAUCUAAAUGAUAGAGUGGACGAGCUUUUAGACAAGUACAUGGACUCUUACGACAUUGUUCUAGUAAAAGAGGAGUCCCUGGAGUUAGCCAACUCGAUCCUACAGAAGAUUCUGUACAAAUAAGCAGUCCUCAAGAGGACGACUCCUGCGUGGGCGCGGCUGGUGCAAGGACAGCACGCGGGUCCAUCUUGCGGAAGGACUUUUAUUUAUAACACAUCCUUGCUCUUGAAGUAUUUUCAGACAUGUUGAAUCCAUCAACCAGCAGUUCCUUUUUCUCCACGUCUCCCAAAACACUCCUCACCAUGUUUUUAACAUUAUAAAACCUGUAAGUCAAAAUUUGAAAAGUAACUCCCUACAUUUCCAGAGUGACUUUUGUAGUUUAAUGUUAUCAUUGAAGUUUUGGAGUUUUUUACAUGUGCGAUUUUAAGUACUGCCAUUUUUUGUAUUUUGAGUGAAUUAUGCUGAUUACCAUCUCCUGAAAUUGUGUUUGUUAUUUUGCUUUGGGAACAUUGAAAUUUACCCGAACAUACUAGCACUUGGUGUUUGAAAAAACUUGGAAUCCACAUACCACUAAUUAUAAAAUGUUCUAUAUUGAUGCACUGAAAAUAAACAUGAAAAGCCUUUUAAGUUCUA